GGGAAGUCUUCUGAAGCGCGACGCAAGGCGCGCAUGCUGCUUACCUUCACACCUCCUGCUCCUCACGUCUGCUCGUCUGAACACCGCAGCCCGCCCGAGCCUGACCUCGGAUCCCGUACUCGCAUCGCAACGCUGCCAGCAUGUCGCUGCCCACCUCAGCCCUCGCCAGCGUGCGCCGCGCCGGCCUGCGCCGCGCCAGCCUCUUCGCCGUGCCGCCACGCUCGCGAGCUGCGUCCAGCGCAGCACCGACACCUUCGCCCAACCCGGCGCCGGGGCCGCCGCGUCCCAACGCACCCUUUGUCAUUUUCGACCGCGCAGCCAAGGCCACACAGCGCAGCCGCGCCGCGCUGCGGCGGCCUGUCGACGCCCAGGGGCAGCCGACCGGCGCGGCGGGCGAGGCUUCACGCGAGACGGACUAUGUCAAGCGCCUGGUGGCUGAGAGUGUGGCCGAGCGCGUGCUGGACAUCAAAAAGGACCUACCGGUGAUCGUCGAGCUCGGCGCCGGUGCGGGCUUCCUGCGGCACUACCUCGAUCCUGAGGCAAGCGGCUGCAAGAAGAUCAUCAUGUGCGACCCGAGCCGGGAAGCGCUGCAUCGCGACGAGCAUCUGGAUGCCGACGGCAAGUUCGAGAUUGAGCGCCGCAUCGUCGACGAGGAGAAUCUGCCGUUCGAGGAGAACAGCCUGGACUGCAUCGUGUCGAUCGGCGCGCUGCAUUGGACGAACGACCUGCCCGGUGCGCUCGUGCAGAUCCAGCGGGCACUGAAGCCCGACGGCGUCUUUAUCGGCGCACUGCACGGCGGCGACACGCUCUUCGAGCUGCGAACCAGCCUGCAGCUGGCUGAGCAGGAGCGCGAGGGCGGCAUCUCGCCUCGCAUUUCGCCCAUGACCGACACACGCGACAUGUCCAAUCUGUUGUCCCGCGCCGGCUUUGCCAUUCCAACCGUCGACACAGACGAGGUCGAGAUCCAGUACCCGAGCAUCUUCGAGCUCAUGCACGACCUGCGCGACAUGGGCGAGAGCAACGCCGUCAUCAACCGGCGCGGCACGCUGCAGCGCGACACGCUCAUUGCCGCCAGCGCCAUCUACCAGGCGAUGCACGGCUCUGAGGACGGCACUGUCCCCGCGACGUUCGCGACGAUCUACUGCAUCGGAUGGAAGCCGGCGGCCUCGCAGAUGAAGCCGCUGAAGCGCGGCAGCGCGUCUCACAGCAUGAAGGACGCCCUUGCCGCCGACAGCCAGCAGGAGGUCGGCAAAGACGAGCGCGACUCGGGCGACGGCAAGCGGUAGUGGACGUCAAAUGCAUGCAUCGCAAAGGAUAGUGUACAGGCGCUGCCAUGUGCGGCAGGCGCAGAGCAGCAGAUCACAGGUAGAAGCUGCGCCGAGAGACGCCCAUGCGCGGCUUCCACUCAAACUCGAGACCCUUGUCCUCUUCCGCAGCGCGUCCCGUCUCUGGCUUGCGCUUGCGCAUGCCCGUGGCGCUCUGCGCGGCCGCAGCUCCACUUCCCUCGGCAGCCUCGUCCAGCUCCUCCUGGGCCUGCUCCUCGUCCUUGGUCUCUUCCGGCACGCCAUCGAAGUUGACCUGCCCGUCCCACACACCGGCGCCCUUCGGCAGGCCUUCUUUCAGGCUGCGCAGCUUGAUGGUGAAGCGCGGCCCGAUCUCCUGCAGCGCCGUCUUGUCCGUGCUCUUGAAC